GGAUAAUCACAAUGGUCCCUUUUGGCCUUGGAAUCUAAGUAACUAGGAAUCUAAUAAUAGGAUUACACAGGUGUAUUAUGGCACCAGGUUGGGCUCAUUGUAGCUAGCACCUGGUCUGAAAUAUAGCUAUAGGUCUCUGGGGGGGAGACGGGGUUGAUGAAAUUCCCACAGCUUCAUAACUGCUAAAGAAAACUUAUUAGAAGUGUGAUCAGUGAUAAGUGUUCUUUAAUGUCAUAUGUUUGUACAGAUGAAAAAGUACAAGAAGUUUCUUCUGGACAUACUGAUCGGGGCCUUACAUGACAUUUUCAGUUCGGAAGUCAUUGGCGAGAGCAUGAAAGCACUGGCCAAAGUCCUGAAGGAGCUGAAAGAGAAGGACAUAGGUUCCUCCUUCAAAGACCUCACCCAACAGAUCCGGACUUACUUUGACGAUGAGGAUGAUGCUCUUCGCUCAAUGGCCUUUGUCCUAUUUGGCAUCCUGGCCCGGCUGACAAAGAGAAAAUGGAAGACCUAUUUCGCCGACCAGGUUAAAAAGAGCUGGGUCACACUUCUGCUGCACCUGCAAGACCCAAACCCUGAGGUUUCAAUGGCCAAAGAGAAUGCAGAGCUGCUGGAGAAAUUGUACCAAAUCACCAUCACGUACUUCUAUAGCAGCUGGGAAGAGAUCCGGGCAGUUGCAGCCAACUUAGCUGCUCUCCAGGUCCUACAGAAAGACCCAAGUCCCACUGUCCAGCUGGUGGCAACUGACAUCAUAAGUGACAUCUGUUCUGGCCAAUUGGAAGAGGAUCAUGGCUUGGGGGAGUCACCAGCGGACAAGGUGAACGGGAAAGACAUCGCUCAG